AUGAGAAUCUGCGUGUUUCAGUCUUGCUUCGAGGAGCUACAAGCUUCUGUGGGCGAGACGCAAGAACUGUGCAUGAACCCCGGCGUAUUUACAACGCAGCACACAGUCGUCCAUAAGACUAUCCACAAGGCGACCGCAAAGGAGCAAAUUGACCAGGCAGUAGCGGAGGGCUACGAUUUCUAUUUGAAUUUUAUGUGGGGAACCCAUGAUGAUUCUCUGGCUGGCGUGGAUGCGAUUCGAUACUUUGAAUCCCUCGAUUUGCCCUCUGCUGGAGUCGAAAGCUCUGAACGAGAACAAUCGAAAUGGGAUUUCUUUGCAGCGGCCAAAAAGGCCGGGCGGCCGCUCGUUCCUGGGACAGAGAAGUAUCCACUGUUUGUAAAGCCCGCGUCGAGCUAUGGAAGUAUGUUCAUUGAUGAGCAUUCCCUCUGUCGUGACGAGGACGAGCUACAGAAAUGUAUUGCGCGCUUAAAUGGACUAAUGCGCCCAGUGCGUAUCCAACGGGCGCAGGCUCUGGGAUGGACGGACGCAGAAGAGUAUGUCAGAGACAUGGAAUCCGCUGGGCGAUAUAGCUCCGACAUUGUCGUCCAAGAGUUCAUACCGGGAGAGGAGUAUUCCGUGGUCGUAAUAGCGAUGGGCGAAACUCCAGUCCCGCUAAUUCCACAACGUGCCAAGUAUAAGAAAAUCGACGACAAGCCACAAAUUUUGACACUGGAGCUGAAGUUUGACGCAGAGUCAGGCUAUGAGCUUCUUUCAGAAGAAGAAGAUCCAGCAUUAUGGAAGCAUCUCCAGGAGACCGCGGUGGAAGCCUUCACGGCGAAGAAGAUGUACACAAAUCGCAUGGGAUGCGAUGUUGACAUGCGCAUCGGGUCAGAUGGGAGAGCCUACGUGAUUGAAGUCGAUCCAUUGCCUGUAUUCUUCUAUCCCCCGGGGUCUCAGCUGGAGGAUACCGAUGUUAAGUAUGGCUUUCCAGGCAGUUAUCCCGCUGUGGUCAACACUUACAUCACAAACUACUUCCUCAUGAAUCCAAGCCGGCGAAGCCCUCAUUUCAAUGAGGUGGCCGCGCUUUUCGACGAUUUAUCCAUGACUAUGGCUAUGCGAGAUUCCUCGUGGAUCCUACCAGAGAUAACGUAUCAGGGCACAGUGCUCGACCUUGGUUGCGGAAUAGGAAACGUUGGAGACGCGUUACGUGCGCGAGAACAGAAGGGAAUCACAGAAUUGAUUGGGGUCGACAUAUCGCGCAAAAUGUUGGACCGUUGUUACCAUUACGGAGGAUAUACUGAGCUUGUCCAUGACAGGAUGGAGGUUCACCUCUCCAAGCGGGCUGAAAUGGUAGACCAUAUAUUCUGCGCUUUCGCACUGGAGUUUCUCCCCAUGGAAGAGCUGUAUUUUGUUCUUGCCCGGUGCUUCCAACUUGCUAAGCAGUCCAUCACACUGGUCAUCGACAACUCCGCUGGAAGCCCUAGAGAGAAUUGCUCGUCAAUGAAUCGAGCACGGAAGUACGCCCUUGAUCAAGCCGAGAGUGUGAAGAUGUUCCAAAUACAGCGGGGUUGGCACCUCGAGCCAGCCGGGGCGGUCCUUUGUCGCGAGUCUCAAGCGCACAUUUUUCACUUCCAGCGACAUUAG